AUGGGUCAAAACCUUAGUUGCAGAGGAACCAACCAUGAUCAUGGUCUCUUCACAGCCGUGCAACAAGGUAAUCUUGAAGCUGUAACAACUUUGUUACAACAAGACCCGUCACUUUUUCAUCAAACAACUCUUUAUGAUCGGUUUUCGCCUCUUCAUAUUGCUGCGGCUAAUGGCCAGAUCGAGAUUCUGUCGAGGCUUUUGCUUGGAUCUGUUAACCCAGAUGUUUUAAAUCGGCAAAAACAGACUCCUCUUAUGUUGGCUGCAAUGCAUGGAAGGAUUGCUUGUGUGGAGAAGCUCCUUGAAGCUGGUGCUAAUGUUUUGAUGUUUGAUACGGUUAAUGGAAGAACCUGCUUACACUAUGCUGCUUAUUAUGGCCAUUUUUCUUGCCUUCAAGCUAUUCUAUCUUCUGCUCAAUCCAGUUCUGUGGCUGCUUCUUGGGGUUUUGUUCGGUUCGUGAAUGUUAGAGACGGAAAGGGUGCGACGCCAUUGCAUUUGGCGGCUCGACAAAGACGGCCUGAAUGUGUACAUAUUCUGUUAGACAGUGGAGCUCUUGUUUGUGCUUCAACUGGUAGAUAUGGCUAUCCGGGAAGUACUCCACUUCAUCUAGCUGCUAGAGGGGGAUCUCUGGAUUGCAUUCGCGAAUUGUUAGCAUGGGGCGCGGAUCGUCUUCAACGCGAUUCAUCUGGGCAGAUACCAUAUAUGGUUGCUAUGAAACACAGACACGGAUCAUGCGCGUCGUUGCUAAAUCCUACGUCUGCGGAGCCUCUUGUCUGGCCAUCUCCACUGAAGUUCAUCAGUGAACUUAAUGCGGAUGCCAAAGCCUUGUUAGAACAAGCCUUGAUGGACGCAAACAAAGAAAGGGAGAAAAACAUAUUGAAAGGCGGCGGUUACUCUCUUCCGUCUCCAUCACAUUCUGAGUGUGUAGAUGACAAUAUCUCCGAGGUUAGUGAGUCAGAGUUAUGUUGCAUAUGCUUUGAGCAAGUAUGCACAAUUGAAGUUCAAAACUGUGGUCACCAAAUGUGUGCACAAUGCACAUUAGCCCUAUGUUGCUACAACAAACCGAACCCAACAACUGCGUCCAUUACUCCACCCGUCUGUCCAUUUUGUCGUAGCAACAUUUCUCGACUCAUGGUUAUCACAAAAAUAGAAACUCACGACGAAACCGAUCAAGACAACAUUGAUACCAGUUCUUCAAAGACAAACAAGUCGAGGAAACUGCGAAACAUGAAUGACAGCGGUAGUAGCAGCUUCAAAGGACUAUCUAGCGUAAGCUUCGGGAAGUUGGGCGGCCGAAGCUCGGGAAGGGUAGCAGAUGAUUCCAUUAUGGUUAAGGAGGGUAACUAA